GCCGCGCUCUGUGACCUCCCACCCUAGCAACCACCGAGUCUCUCUCCCCGCCUCUCGCCACCCCCCACUAGCUCGCCCCUGGCAACCAUGUCCCGCCUCCCUCUAGGCCUGGCUCGCAGCCAUUGGCUGACUCGCUUGAUCUCGGUCGUUUAUUGGUCAUCCGGGAAGCCGGUCAGGAAGAGUCCCCACCCUCCUGUGUAGUUUCCCCGCAUGAAGAACCACCAUUUGGCUGCUAUAGAAAUGAUUUAUGGAUGAGUCCAGAUUUAUUAAUCACUUCCGAAGAUGGAGAGGAAAUUAAAAACAAAGAGUCCACUCUGGGCUGAAGACAAAGUAGGUUUGUCGUCCUUUCAGAAGACCUUGCCAAGGAGACGUCGGGGCUGAUUGAUCAUGACUACUAUAAAGGAGCAGGCAGCAAUUAGCAGGCUCUUAAGUUUUCUGCAAGAGUGGGACAAUGCUGGCAAAGUCGCCAGGGGUAACAUCCUCACCAAUUUCAUUGAAGCCAACCAAGGCAAGACUGCCCCGGAACUGGAGCAGGAGUUUUCCCAAGGAGCCAGCUUGUUCCUGGUCCGCCUGACCACCUGGCUCAGAAUCACCUACAUGACUGGCUUAUGUUUAGAAAAGCUGCUAAGAUCCAUUGGCAUCUUCUUAUCAGCUGUAAGCAGUAACCGGUACCUUAUAGAAUUUCUUGAGGUUGGAGGAGUCCUGACACUCUUGGAAAUUCUCGGACUGGCAAAGAUUAAGGAGGAGGACAAGAAGGAGUCCAUCAAGCUGCUCCAGGUCAUUGCAAACUCCGGCAGGAAGUACAAGGAGCUCAUUUGCGAAAGCUAUGGUGUACGAUCCAUAGCGGAAUUUUUGGCAAACUCUAAGUCAGAAGAGACCCAGGAGGAAGUGCAGGUCCUGUUGGAGUCUUUGGUCCACGGAAAUCCCAAGUACCAGAACCAAGUGUAUAAAGGCCUGGUAGCUCUGCUGCCCUGCGCGUCCCCCAAAGCUCAGCAGCUGUCCCUGCAGACGCUCAGGACUGCCCAGUCGAUCAUUGGAGCCACACACCCCAGCAUCGUGGACUGUGUGCUGAAGGUGCUGGGCACGAUGCACCUGGAAGUCCAGUAUGAAGCCAUCGAGCUGAUCAAGGACCUGGCCAACUAUGACGUGCGCCCGGCCCUGCUCAAGGGGCUCAUGGCUCUGCUGACACCGUCCGUCAAGAAGACCUUCCAACAGCAGCCCAAGAUCCUCGCUGUAUUUCGUGCAGAUGUUCCCGGUGGUGGAGGAGCACGUGCGCAAGUCCAUGGGGGAGCAACUCUACCAGCUCUUCCUCAGCAACGCCGCGGACUUGUACCUGAAAAUAGACAGCGUCCAGGCGGACAUCCUGGCCGCCAACAAGGUCAACGUCACGGAGGCGCUGCACCUCUGCGAGGUCUCCCGCUGCACCCUGAACUUCCUCUCGGACUCCGGAGCCCCAGAGCGGAUGGCCUGCGGCUCAAGCUUCCAGGAGGACCGUGGGGAACCAAAGGAGUAGCAGCUCCCGGAUGGCAGGGAAGCCUGGAAGGAGGAAGGAGCCUGGGGGCAAGCGCUGGGCCACUGCGCCUGGCCCUCCGCUGGGUGGAGGUGGGCCUGCCAGCUGCGGGCUGGGAAGAGCUCAAUAA